CUUUAAAUUCAAGAAGGAGCGGGCGGGCGGGCGGGCGAGCGCGAGGGAGCGCGCGGCGGGCUCCUGGGAGCGUGCCCGGACUGCGGCGCUGCUCUAUUUGGCCGCCGGGCCCCGCGGAGCCCCCGAUCCGUGAGGCGCGGCUCCGGCGCAAGGCGAGUGCCUGCGACACUGCAGGGGUGGCGUAGCGGCUGGCGGUCCGGCGCCUGUGCUAGUUAACGGCGGGAGGCCGGCACUGGAGCAGUCGAACAGAGGCAGAGCCGGGAGUCGGACCCUCGGCCCCACGGAGGAACCCGGGUCCCUGUCACUACAAGGAACAUCAUGGCUGUGGAUGUGACAGAAUAUCAUCUGAGUGUCAUCAAGAGCCCUGCUGGCUGGGAGGUGGGUGUCUACGCUGCAGGGGCCCUGGCCCUGCUUGGAAUCGCAGCUGUGAGUCUGUGGAAGCUCUGGACAUCCGGAAGCUUCCCCAGCCCCUCCCCGUUCCCUAAUUACGACUACAGGUACCUGCAGCAAAAGUAUGGAGAGGCCUACGUGGAGGCGAAGCUGAAGAGAGUCCCUCAGUGGAAUGCACAGCGGACCAACCCUCAGGGACCACCUAGCCGCAAAGGCAGCCUCAGUAUUGAAGACACCUUUGAAAGCAUCAGUGAACUGGGCCCCCUGGAGCUGAUGGGACGGGAACUGGACCUGGCCCCCUAUGGAACUCUCCGCAAGUCACAAUCCGCUGACUCUCUGAACUCCAUUUCUUCUGUGAGCAACACCUUUGGGCAGGAUUUCACACUGGGCCAGGUGGAGGUGAGCUUGGACUAUGACGCAGCCUCCCACACCCUCCAUGUGGCAGUUCGGCAAGGCAAGGACCUCCUGGAGCGCGAGGAAGCCACCUUCGAGUCCUGCUUCAUGCGGGUCAGUCUGCUGCCAGAUGAACAGAUCGUUGGCAUCUCCCGGAUCCAGAGGAAUGCCUAUUCCAUCUUCUUCGAUGAGAAGUUCUCUGUCCCUCUGGAUCCCACAGCCCUGGAGGAGAAGAGCCUUCGAUUUUCUGUGUUCGGCAUUGAUGAGGAUGAGCGGAACGUUAGUACCGGUGUGGUGGAUCUGAAGCUAUCUGUUCUGGACCUCCCGCUGCAGCCCUUCAGUGGCUGGCUAUACUUACAGGACCAGAAUAAGGUGGCUGACGCUGUGGGAGAGAUCCUGCUGUCCCUCAGUUACCUGCCCACAGCUGAGCGUCUGACUGUGGUUGUGGUGAAAGCCAAGAAUCUCAUCUGGACCAAUGACAAGACCACAGCAGACCCCUUCGUCAAAGUUUACCUGCUACAGGAUGGGAGGAAGAUGAGCAAGAAGAAGACAGCUGUGAAGAGGGAUGACCCCAACCCGGUGUUCAACGAAGCCAUGAUCUUCUCAGUGCCAGCCAUUGUGUUACAGGACCUGUCUCUCAGAGUGACAGUGGCUGAGAGCAGCAGUGAUGGCCGUGGGGACAACGUGGGACAUGUCAUCAUUGGGCCAGCAGCCAGUGGCAUGGGCACCACCCACUGGAACCAGAUGCUGGCCACGCUGCGCAGACCUGUGUCCAUGUGGCACCCAGUCCGGCGAAACUAGCAGCCAGGACAGGCCAGAUGGGCAGCAGAGCCACCAGAGCCUGGCACCAUCUCAGUUCUAUCCAGUGAUGCCCUCUUCAUAGUCAGCUGGAGCUGUGAACACUGAGGCUGCCCCACCUCCUAGGGGUUCCUCAGCUUGGAUCCUCUGUCCAGACUGUCAGGGAGGAAUGGGUGUGGCUCUUCACCUGGGGACCUAGGGUAAUUUCCCCACCAAUGACUAUCUGGAGCUGGCUGGGGACCCAGCAGAAUGACCAACUGUGUACUAGAAAGCCUAAUGAAGUAUGGCCCUUAGCCUGCGGAGGCAUAUUGGCUUCAGAGCUGGCCAACCUCUCUCCUCAAUCCCCUUAGAGGCCAGAUGUUAGUAAGUCUUGAGGGGCUAGUCCCUGUACUGACAGGGCUAAUGUUAACAAGACUAGCACCCAGGAUGCCAUGCCAGGAAGUCAAGAUGGCCCUCUCCCAUUCUGGUUGAUCAGCGCAGUGCUAAUCAAGUAAUUGCCCAACCAGAUGGACUUGGGAAGGAGCCCUGGGGUCUGGGGAGACUGGAAGAAUCUCUCAGACAAGGAAGGAGCUGCACUUUGAAGGUUAGGGAGUAAAUAGCACCCAGAUUUAGCAGGGGGUAGUGGGAGUUGUGGUAAACAGUCAGACAAUAGAAAGGACAUGAACUAGCCUAUCCCAAACACACAUGCUCCCCACUGCGGUGGGGACAAGAAAAGGCCAGGAGACCAGGCCCAGCAGAAACCUGUAAGAAGCCACAGGGAAGCACUCCCAACCCUCCACCCUGAGGAAAACAGAAGUCCCCAGGGGCCCAGAUCCAGGCCCUUGUGUUUGAAUCCAGUGCAAAUCAGUACAGAUUGACCAACAUUGGCUGGUGUCCCUUCAGGCCAGGCCUCUCUUGAAAGGAAGCAGGCCUAAAUUCCCCCCUAGGAGUACUGGGCUUCUUGGGUCAAGUUCUCUAACCCUUAGCCUCAGUCUGGAACCAGUAGGAAUUCUGGGGAAAUGGUGUUCAGAAGCCAAAAGUCAGGCUGUAUAUCACUACCAGAAUUGUUCAUUAGCUGCCACCUGGUCAGAAUUGGUGGGGGGUAUCACAUCCUUCCAGGUGUCAUAAUGUCUUUUGAUAAUGGCAAUCCCAGAGAAGUGAUGACUUUUGGCUUCUUCUCUCUGGCACCUGAAGAUUUAAAAGGAUAGUGGCCAAGGGGAGUGGUAAGAAGAGGGCCCAGGUAGGUGCCUCUAGUCCUUGGCCCUAAUGAAUCAUAAAUACUCAGAUCUAAUGAGGAACCAUGGAGACUCAGGUCUAAUCAAUAUCAUCAAUGGCAAGGAGAAGGAUGGCUAGAACAGGGACACAGGUCAUUAGGACACCUACUGGACCCUACUGAAGCCAGGUUUCUCAGCCUAUGGCCAAUAUCAACUGGACCAGGGAUGCUGGUGGCUGGGCCAGGCCUUGUCAUCUGGAAGCCUCAGACUCUAAUCCAGUGGCUUUGCAGGGCAGACUACAUCCCCCAACUUCCAUCCCCUUGUCCUUCCUUCUAUACUGCAUGAAAUGUUGACACUGUGCUCGGAUGACUGGUGGUGACCAAGAGUGCUGGCUGGAAUGAUUCUUGAACCAAAAUAAAGCUGGAGCAGGAAGGGGGCUUACAAGGAGCCCUGCUCAGCCUAGA